UGUGGGAAAGCUCCCAGGUUUUUUUCCCCUGCUUUUCCUGUGGAACGGAGAGGCUGAGCGUGUGCCAGCAUGGCAGAGAAAGUGAACAACUUCCCCCCCUUGCCGAAGUUCAUCCCCUUGAAGCCAUGUUUCUACCAGGACUUCGACGCAGAGAUCCCGCCGCAGCACCGCACCAUGGCCAAGCGGCUUUACUACCUCUGGAUGCUGAACAGCAUCACCUUGGCAGUGAAUCUCGUUGGCUGCCUCGCAUGGCUCAUUGGAGGUGGUGGAGCUGUUAAUUUUGGACUGGCAAUUCUCUGGCUCAUUCUCUUUACGCCCUGCUCCUAUGUCUGCUGGUUUAGACCUAUUUACAAAGCUUUCAAGACGGACAGUUCCUUUAGCUUCAUGGCCUUCUUCUUCACCUUCAUGGCCCAGCUGGUGAUCAGCAUUAUCCAGGCAGUGGGAAUUCCUGGCUGGGGUGUCUGUGGCUGGAUUGCAGCGAUUUCCUUCUUUGGGACCAACGUGGGCUCAGCUGUGGUGAUGCUCAUCCCCACCGUGCUGUUCACGGGGAUGGCUGUCUUCUCCUUCAUCGCCCUCACUAUGGUGCAUAAGUUCUACCGGGGGAGCGGCGGGAGCUUCAGCAAAGCCCAGGAGGAGUGGACCACGGGGGCAUGGAAGAACCCCCACGUCCAGCAGGCAGCGCAGAACGCGGCCAUGGGCGCAGCGCAGGGGGCCAUGAUGCAGCACGAGACGCAGUACUCGGCCACCCCCAACUACACCUACUCCAACGAGAUGUGAGCAGCAGGACUCUGUCCUCAGGCACCAGAUCUUGGGGGGAAAGGGAGGAGGAGGAAGGCUGAGCCGGAUUUCUGUGGCUAUUCCAGAAAGCUGGAGUGUACCAUAACGGUUCUUCUUUUCUUAUUCUUUGUAACGAGAUCAUUUGGGAUUUUUCUUCUUUUUUUUUCCUCCCUGUUACUGUCAUGAGCUUUUCUUUUCUCCUUUCUCUUUCAUUUCGAAGAGGCUGUGAGUUGACCUG